AUGGAUGAAAACGCACCAGCCUCGGCGGAAUCUAAAACCGCAUACUUUGACCAGCUUAAAAGAUUUUCUCAUACCACCAGCGGUGGGCAUAUAUCCGGGAAACCAGACGACGACGCUUUCGAUGCGCGCGAAGAAAAGCAGAGGCAGCUUCACAGGAACUUCUUUCGGCCUACGAAGAACUUGGAUGAUGCACACGGCCAACAAGAGAAGCAGCCACAGAAACAACAAGAACAACAUGCAGGACAGCAGCUUUUGCCUGCGAAGCGGCUGAACAAGCUGCAAAAUCUCACUCCCCGGAGACUAAUUGCGGCGCCUCAGCCUCCGUCUGGAAAGGUCAUUAUGGGGACUGGACCGGGGAAGCCGAGGCCAAAGGGGCGGCUUGAUGCGCUGCUGGAUAGCAGGGAGGAGGAUGUGGUACGAGAAACGCCGUCGGUGGGCGCAGAGAAGUUGCGCGGGCACAAGGGCAGAGACUCAAUCGUUGUUGCUACUGGCGAUGCUCCUAUGGCACCGCCGGCGUCGUUACAAAGAUCGUUGGAAACUUCAUCUGAGGAAGUGUCGUCGUCGCCGUCUGUUAAUGUCAGAGCCGGGGCGACGACAAGGACGCAGAAGACAAAGACAGCCAGCGGCAGUAAAAAGAGAGGGCGUGUUGCAACGUCAAAGACGCGGCCUGGGGUUGAGCAGAUAUUCGAGGACUUGUCUUUCUUUUACAUUCCGGACAAUGACAUUGCGCCUGUCAGACGGCUGCGGAUCAAUAGGGCGAAGGAGUUUGGAGCGGAGUGGACGAGAGACAUGAUGACGGCCACGCAUAUCAUUGUGGAGAAGAAGCUCGUGUACAAGGAUGUUGAAAAGCUAUGGCCGAAAGACGGAUUUAGGGAUCGAGCGAUGCCGAAGGUCGUCAAUGAGGAUUAUCCUCUUGAUUGCAUUCAGUUUCGUGCUAUUGUGGAUCCGAAUCAAAAGAAGUAUCUGGUAGACGGCCAGGUUGCGACGGGAACAAAAGACAAAGAGGUUCUUCUUUCUGCUGCUGGUACUACAAAUUCCGGCCCUGGGACAAAACCAAAGGCCGAUUCAUUGCCAUUGAAGCCGCAGCAUCAUAACAAGGGGAAGUGGGAUUAUGUACCACCCGGAGGGACGCCCUCGCAAGGAGAGGAAUCUUCAGUGGGAAGUCCUUUGACGAAGCGUGCAACUAGAUCAGCGACAAAUUCUCAGCCUCUUGUACUGGAUUUGGAUAACGCCGACGAGCUCAUGAAGAGUUUACCAAAAGCCAAGGCUAGAUCUAAAGCGCCACCGAAGAAGGACGAUGAAUUAUCAGAAUACAUCUCAAUCAUGCAAGAGUUUAAAGACUUGCCCCUGGAUGUUGACGAAGAUGAUGAUGCUCAAUCCACGGUCACUGAAUCGGAACACCAGGCGAAUCUCGACGAAGGAUCUGGUUCAGAGAAUGAGCGACCUUCAAAGAGAAGAUCGUCUAGAAGGGUACGACCGACCAACAAGGCAAUUACUUUUGAGGAUCGCUUUGCUUGCAAUAGAGCCGGGAGACAAGAGGCUGCAGACGACAACCCAAAUGCACGCACUAUCGACGUGUUGCAAAAGAUGAACAGCUACUACGAGAGAGUCAACGAUCAUUGGCGAACACUGGCUUAUCGGAAGGCCAUUAGCACCCUGAAGCAGCAGACCGUCAAGAUCACUACUGAAGAAGAGGCAUAUCGACUACCCAGUAUCGGCCGUCGGCUAGCGCAAAAGAUUGAAGAGAUUGUGACGACGGAUAAGCUGAAGAGGCUUGAAUACGCAGAAGAAGAACCGACAGACUCGGCGCUGCAAACAUUUUUGAAGAUUUACGGCGUGGGGAACAAAAUAGCACAGCAAUGGAUUGCGCAAGGCUGGCGGACGCUCGACGACAUAAAGCAGCAUGUCAAACUGACGCCCAGCCAGAUGGUGGGCGUCGAGCACUACGACGACUUGAACACUAGAAUCCCUCGAAAGGAAGUCACUGCCCUUGGUGAGGUCGUGAAGAGGGCUGCGGCGAAGAUUGAUCCGAUGGUGCAGCUCAUUAUUGGGGGCAGUUACCGGAGGGGUGCUGAGACUUCUCAUGAUAUUGAUUUUAUCGUGACGAAGCCUGGCACGGAAUCUGUAGCAGAUCUCAAGUCUUUUCUGAAUAGCUUGGUGGCUCAGCUGGAGAGAGACGAGUUUCUUGUGGCACGACUGGCAUCAUCCCGAGUUGGAAGCGAUGGCAGCAAAUGGCACGGAUGCUGCGUGCUGCCCAAGAUCAAGGGCCUCAACGACGACGAAAAGUACCGCCCGAUAUGGAGAAGGAUCGACUUUCUACUGGUGCCAGAGGUUGAAUUAGGCGCUGCGCUCAUCUACUUCACCGGGAACGACAUCUUCAAUCGCAGCAUGCGGCUGCUGGCUUCCAAGAAGGGCAUGAGGCUGAACCAGCGUGGAUUGUAUCGAGAUGUGCUGAGGGGGCCGGAUAGAGUGAAGGUUACGGAGGGGGAGCUGGUGGAGAGGAGGGAUGAGAGGAGGAUAUUUGAGAUUUUGAGGGUGACCUGGCGGGAGCCGUGGGAGAGGUGGUGCUGA